AUCAACAAAACAAACCAAAUAAAACGAUAACCACAAAAACUAGAUAAGCAUUAUCAACAUUUGCUUGGGAAAAACAGAACCCAACAUUUGAUGCAUGAUUUGCAUUAAGAAAACAGUAAAAAUCCCAUUUAAUUACUCAAUCUAAACGAUUCAGACAUUAAUAUUUAAUACUUUGUAUUGUAUACAUCCCAAUUGGACCCUCAAAAGUGCAAAAUGGCAUUGCAGCAGUAUUUUCAUGCUUGUAAAUACGUCUCCCGAAACAAAGUUUACAUGACACAAUCAUCCAACAAUAGGCAAGGAAAGUCCCCGGCGGAGGAAUUCGCACCGCUAGCCACCACAUUCAGGCGGCGCUUGCUUGCCGGAGUCGGUUCAGCUUCCCUUGUAGCUGUUGGUGCAAAUUUUGGUGGCUUAACAAGUUUCCUCCUGGGGUUGGUACCUGAGAGUGGUCGGAGUUUGAAGCUGGACGUGCUUUAUCCAAUAGAAGGAUACAGUCGUCGGAUUGAAAACAAUGAAGGAUUUGAGUUCAUAUAUCCGGCGAGUUGGGUUGGUGAUCAAAGGUUGCUAUAUAGAGCAGCUGAGAGAUUAGAGAGAUCACUUGAUCCACUGCCUACCAAUAGUCCGAAAUCCGGUAACCGUCCCAGGAAGAAUUUGAACGAACCAAUCGUUGCAUAUGGUCCGCCUGGUUCAAGCGGGGAGCUGAAUGUUAGUGUCAUUGUUUCACCAGUUCCCCUAGACUUCUCAAUUGAAACAUUUGGAGGGCCGAAAGAGGUGGGUGAAGCGGUGGUUAAAACGAUAACUGGGCAACGCUCUGAUGUGAAAGGAACGUUGAUAGAAUCAACAAUGAGAGAAGAUCCUAAGAUGAAUGUGAAGUAUUAUGAGCUAGAAUUCAAGGUUGAAAGUCCAUCAUUCAAGCGGCAUAACGUUGCCGUUUGUUGUGCUCGUGGAGGUAGGCUAUUCACCCUAAAUGCACAAGCGGCGGAAUCGGCAUGGCCGGAGUUGAAGUCGGCAUUUUAUAGAAUUGCUAACUCCUUUAAUCUCACCUCUUGACAUGGAGUUUCAAUUUAGCUUGUAUGUCCUCCUAACAAAGUUUUUCAAGGAUGAAUCCAAAAAAAAACAAAAAUUUAGUAGGGCCGAAAUUUAA